UAAGGUUUUUUGUUGGCUUAAAAGAACGUGUUUUUUGAAGUUGAUGAGAAAAAUUUUAAGGAACAGACGGCCUGACAGAUUGUGUAUUUUAAAUAGGUGUCCUUAUAAUUGGCCCAUUCGGUUCACAGCCAAAAACUAGCAACGAUUACUAAGUUAGGGUGCAGUUGAAGGAUGAUUUUAUUGCUAUUAACGAUUUUAUGAUUUUAUUGUUUGAUUAGGGCAAACACCUGGUUGUAUUCUAGGCUUUCACUAUGCUUGUAAAUCAUGUUCAGUCCAUUGAGAAUAUACUUGAGCAAUACAUAUUGUUGCUUGAUCGACCAAGAAAUUACCCAAAAGUUGUGUGCAUAUCGUUUUCUUGAUUUUCAGUGAACAGUAGCCACAUUUAAAGUGAUAUUUUGGCGCUAUUAUUCAUUUAUCUUUUGAAACUGGAUUCGUUUUACUUUCUGAAAUUUUUAGAUUUGCCAUAUCAAUUUAAAACUAAAUCAUAUCAGUGCCCUUUGAUAAUAAAUUAAAUAGUAAUUAUUAAGGGUCAAAGUUUGCAAAAAACUCGACUCUAAAAGAGCAAUCCACUACUUCUUUCCAAGAGACAUUUUGAUUUGCUCCUUAACCUUUGCCCGCGGUUGUGGUUUUUGUGAUUGCGCUUUGCCCGCGGGGCAUGUUUGCCCGCCUUUUGCAUCUCCCUGGACACUUCGGAUUCCUAACAGCCAAAAACUUCACACUUCUUCGAUGUGUUUACCCUAAUUAACUUCCAAAACGAUCACUAGACUGCAAUUAACGCAAAUCAAAGCCAUUAAAGCACAAAAUGAGCGAUUCAGAGACAGAAAGACAGCGAAAAUUAAAGGCUGGCAGAGCGAAGCUCAUGGAGUUUAAGCAAAUGAAAAAAAGGAAGAAGAAAGAAGAAGCUGCUGCAACCUCUAAGACCUCUGGAAAUCAAAGCCAAAAUAAUAGCCAAUCAGGAAGCCAGCCUGUAGCAAAGGAAGUACAAAGGACUGUUGGUUCACAAAUGAGCAGUCCCAGAGCAGCAUCUGGAGCACAUAGUGGUGAUGAUUUUGGAGAUCAAAACACAGAGAAUGAUGCAGCAUCAAUAAGCAGUGCUGGAAAUUCACUUCCAGUUUCACCAAUCCCUCAUGAGGGUGGAGACAAUAGCUACACAAGUGACAGUGAAUACACAAGUGCAGAGGAAUCAUACACAUAUUCAGAGGAUGGAGUUGAUAGCCUGGUGGUUGCCAAUCUGGAGAGAAAUGAACUCAAAAGUAGAGUGGUCGAGUUGGAAGAAAAUCUGCGUGGGAAGCAGUCUGUUAUAAAAGACCUGAACAAGGAAAAUUAUGAAUUAAGAGCGAAACUUCAUACUUUCCAGUCUGGUAGCAGGCAAGAAUCAAGUCCUUCUCCCGUUUUGCGUAAGGAACUUGAAAGUUUACAGGAAACACUAAAUGAGAACCAAAAAAGACUUGAAGAUAUCAAUAAAGAAAAUCAUGAGAUGAGAGCAAAGCUAGCUCACACGGGCCACGAUGACAGGUCAUCAUCAUCAAAGAUGGAAGAAUUAAACCUUUCCCUUGAAAGCAAGCAACAAAUGUUAGAGGCGCUGAAUUUUCAGAAUGAGGAAUUGAUUAAGGAGAAUAAUAAGCUGAAAUCACGGUUGAAAGAUCAAUCACCAGAUAACAGUCAAUCUGAUUCGCAAGUGGAAAGUCUGCGGGAAAGUUUGCACGCCAAACACACCGUGCUAUCGGAACUGAACAAACAGAAUCAAGAAUUAAGAGAGAAAAUUCAUGAGCUAUCGCAAUCAGGAGCCUCAGAUAGUCAGAUGCAAAGCUUCAGGAGGAAAAUUGCAGAUCUUCAAAGCGAAUUAGGAUUAAAAGAUGAUGAGAUAGAGAGACUGAAAGCAAUCGAAAUCAGUUUUAUGCAGACGAAAGAAGUUGUUAAAGAGUUAACGCUGCAUUCAAACCAGGCAAAAGAGGAUCUCAAAAAUGCCGAAAAGCGACGCAAAGAGAUUGAAGAUGAUAAUACACAGAAAGAAAAGGAGCUUUUACAGAAAUGUUCAGCGACUAUUCUUGAGCUUGAGAAGGUUCAAGCUGAGUAUCACAACAUAGUGGCACUAAAUAAUGACCAUUUAAUGAAGAUAAACAUUUUAGAAAGCGAGAUCACCAGACUUGAUGCAAAAUUGAAUGAAAAAGAGAAAAAAAUUGCUGAGGUAGAUACUCAAGUUUCUUUGGCAAUUGGUGAACGAGACGCUGUGCAGUUAGAGACCAGGGCGCAAGUGGAGGAUUUUGAGGAGAGAAUCAAAGUGAUGCAAGAACAACUACUGCAGAAUGGAACGACACUUCGAGAGUACGAGUCUGAAAUAUCCAAGGCCACUGCAGAAUUAGCAUCCACAAAAGUCUUGGUGCAAGAAUCGGAAAAAGCUCUUGAGAAGAAGGACCAAGAUAUUAAACUGUUAGAGAUGAAGGUAGAAGCAACAAAUAGCGAGGAUAGUCGAUUUAACAAUGAUCGGAAGAUUUACCUUGAUGAGAUUGAAACGCUAAAGGAAAAAGUAGAAGAAAGUCAAAGCAAGAUGAAGGGGUUAAAUGAUGAACUGAGAGAGAAGCAAGCACACUACAGCGCUGUGUUAUCACAGAAGGAAGAUGAGAUACAAAGGCUGGAGAGAGAAAGGACUGAAACAGAACAGCUAAGAGCUGAUGAUGUAGAUAAUUUGCAGUCUCAUUAUGAUUUAGCUUUGCAAGAACAAAUGCAGACGAGCAUAAGAAACCUGGAAGAUGAAAUUCGAAAACUUGAAGCGAAAAAAGUAGAAGACAUACAGGGCAUGGAAAAAGACUUUGAAGCCAAGUUAGUCGAAAUGAAAGCUGGUUUGGAUAAGGCUAAACAUGAGGAGAUACUUCGUGUGCGUGAUGAAAUAGAAGCCGAACAGAAGGUCCAAUUGGAGGCAGUACGGAAACAGGUUACGGAGGCGAUUGUGCAGCAAGGAGCUGAGGAAACUAGAAAAAUACUGGAAGACAGUGAAUAUAAAAUAACUCAGUUAGAUCAGCAGCUGGCAUUAAAAGAGACACAAAUAGACGAAUUUAAAGCCAAGAUUGAUAUACUUGAAACUGCAUUUGCAGAUAAGGAAGAAGAAUUAGACACUUUUAAAGAAAAAGCCCGAAUUGGAAAACUCGAGAUUGAGGGACUUAAUGAAGAGUUGAUGAAUCGACUUAAAGAAUCUGAACUGAAGAUUACUGAUUUAGAGAGUAUACUUGGCGAGAAGGAAUUAAAGAUUGAAGAAGAUAUGAGAGUUAUUGAUAUUUUGAGUGUGGAAAAAACAGAACUCGCUGCUGAAAAAGAGAAAGAUUUGAAAUACACAAAAGAGGAAUAUGAAGAAAAAAUGAAAAUAAAGGAAACGGAAAUCAUGAAUUUGAAAAACUCAGCUGAGAAAGAAAAGGUUGAGUUUUUACAGUUCAUUGGUGAAGUUGAAGUUGUGAAAAAGCAAUUGAGUGAGGCGAUUGCAAACGAAAACAGAUUGAAGGAGAAUGUAUCUUCUUUGGAGAAUGAUAAAAAUGAGCUUCAAGAGCAUUUGCUAAAAGUCAAAGAUGAACGAAAUGAUUUUGAGCAAUUAGUUGAAAAGUUUGAAAAUGAGAAUAAGAAGCUUAAAGAAACGGUUGACCAAAUUGAAAUGGAGAAAACGUCUUUUAUUGCAGAAUCUGAAUUGGAAGUGGGACUUUUGAAAGAGAGAAUGGAGGUAAUGAAAAGUGAAAAUAACAACGAAAUGAUGGAAAAGUUCAACCAAACCUUCGAGAAAUUGAGACAAGAAAAGGAUGAACAUAUAAAAAACCUGAAAGAUGAGAUGAUGCACAGUAGAGAAAGUAGCGAGAAAUACGUGCAGAAAUUGAAGUCAGACUUUGAAUGUGAUAUGAAACACGUUGAAGAUGAGAAUCAAAGUUUGAAAAUUCGACUUAAGGAAAUCAAGGAGGUGAGGGAUAGAGACAAAGUAUCGCAUGAAAGCGGUCUGGAACGGGAAAUGGAAGCAUUGGAGGAGAAGCACAGAAGAGAGCUUGCUGAAGUAAAGGCAGCGUUUGAAAAGAAAUCCGAGGAAGAUCAUCUGAGUCUUAAGGAGAAUCAGUGGCAAUAUCUUAAAAGGUUUGAAGCAGAGAGAGAUGCAGAAAUGAAACGUUUUGCAGAAGAUUUUGAAAGACGAAAAGAAGAAGAGGUUGAGCUUUUGAAGCAUCAACUGGAAGAAGAAAAGCACAAGGAAGUACACGAUGUUGUAUGUAAUAUGACGAAAGAACAAAAAGAUGCCACCUCACAGAUAAAAGAUGAAAUGGAGAGACAGUUAAAGAGAGUUCAGGAAGAAAGGGAUGCAGAAUUGCGUAGCAUUCAGCAGGAGUAUCUGUCCUUUAAGGAAAUGAAGAAGCUUGAAAUGGAAGAAAUGUUGGCAACUCAGAUCGCAAAGUAUCAGGAAGAGCAAGAUGCGCUUCAGAAGAAACUAAGCAAGGCCGAAAGUCGCUUGCGGAAGACUAGCAACGAGAAAGAAGAAUUGGUAAAGCAGUUAGGCAAUAGGUCCCGUGAAGAUACUGAAGAUGUGCAGAGAAAGUUGAAGGAGGCAGAAGAUCGUUUAGAUACGCUGCUUCGUGAGAAAGAAGAAUUGGAAAAGCAAAUCAGCAUUAGAGAUAAGAGUGUUGCAGAAGAAGAAGUUGUUGCGAGAGAAACCGAUUCGAGUUUGAAAUCUGAAAAACCAUUCGAAAUCGAAGUGCCGUUGCAAGCUCUAUUAGAAGAUUUAAGGUCAGAGAUUCUCAAUUUGAGCAUGGAUGAAACACAAAGCUUUGGAAAGAGAAAGAUAAGUGAAAAAUUGAGUGAAGAUAAAUCAGGAGAAGAGUUUGAAUCUUCUUUAGAUCGUGAACUGAGUGAAAUUACGCGGUUAUGUAAAGGUCAGAUUGUCGAUCUUGCGUAUAAGUUGAAGGAAACCAGAGCUAAGUAUGAAAAUAGUGAGAAAACACGCAAUGAUAUUUCAGAUAUGAACCAGACCCUGAAAGAAGAACUUGCUAAUCUCAAAGCGCUGUUAAAGAAUAACGAAGAAGAACUGAAUAGAAGUUACGAAGUUAAUGAAGAUCUGAAAGGAACUGCUAGUAUAUUGCAAGCUGAAGUAGACAGGCUGGCUAAGGCUGGGGAAGAUGGUGGGUUUGAUGCAACUGAUGGCAAAGAUAGAAGCCUCCUUAACACAGAUAUUGAGUUUAUGAACAACAGAUUGGCUGAAAUCUCAAAUGAACUAGAGUUAAAAUGGAAGCAGAAAGAAGAACUAGAUCGGUCUCUUAUGGAUGUCAAGUCUGAGAUCAGUUUUUUGAGGGAAGAGAAAGGAAGAAGAGAGCCAGUGAUUGAAGAAGAUGUUUCCGUUGUUAGUAUGCAACAUGAAGAAGUAGCAAUUGUACCUGAAUUCUUAGAAGAGCUUUAUACUACUCCUCUUGAGGAGGUUGAUGGCCCCGAGAAUGAGCAGAGGGUUGAAGCGGAAGAGGCAAGUCGAAAGGAGCAGGUAGCAUCUUUUUCAUUCGAUAAAGAUUUGGAAUUAAAGCAUUUGCAAAAGUUGCUGAUUGACAGUAAUGAAAAACAAGAACAGCAAAAAAGGGAAAUCAAGGAGUUACGCGAAGCUCUUGAAAACGAACGAAUGCUAUUUGCAGAACAAUUACGCGCUCGAGUUGGGAAAGAAACCGAAGUAAGGACGGCGCAAGAGAAUACAGCAAGCGAAGUUUUGUUACGCGAGAAAAAGGAUGCAGCCAAUAAAAUUGGUAUGCUCGAGCAAAAAUUGAAAGAGAAAGAGAAAAUUGAAAAUGACUUAAAAGAUGAAAAUUGGAGAUUAGUGAAUUUAUUGAAAGAGAAUAAUAUUGAGCUGUAUAACGAAAAAGAGUUAUUGCAAGAUCAACUUGAAAAACAAGAAGAUAUUAUAAAGGAAUUGCACGAGAAGUUGUCUACCAGUGAUCUUGUUACCAAUGAAAUCCAGGAGGCAUUCGGGCGUCAGCUAGCCGCCCUUCAUCGCCAACGCGACGCUCUAAUAGAACAAUUAGAACAACACAGAAAGGACCACCAGGGCUAUGCCAGGGUUGUGCAGGAAAAAGCGACGCUUGAGGACAGACUGAGGGAAGAGAAGAAACUAUUGUCUGAAAAGCUCAGUCAGAAAGAGGCUCUUGAGAUGGAGUUGGCAGCUGAAAGAGAGGCUUUGAAUGAGAAGUUGAUUGAGCUGGAAAAGCUUAGGGAAAUGCUGAACGGGAAGGAGAAACUAACUGACGAAUUGACAAAGCAGCGCGAUGAACUGAAGACGGAGCUAACAAGCAUUGAAGAAAGGCUCUCUUUGAAGGAAAAAGACUUGAGUAUUGAAAGGGAAGAAUUAGAACGGGAGCUCGAAUUAAAGGAUUUAGAACUUCAGAAGUGGGAAGAGGAUUUCCGAGCACGGGAAAACGAGCUACUGGAACAAGAAGAUACCUUGCGAGAAAACUUUUCUAACAUUCUACAAUCAACAAGGAAUGAUUACGAGGUUAGAAAUGAGGACAACCUAAGGCAACUGCGCACCGACCUAGACUCGGACUAUAGGGACCGCAUUGCUGUUACGGAGGAAGGCCUUCAUCGUCAGUAUGGAGAAAAAAUAUCAAAAAUAGAAGAGGAGCACGAAUGCCAGCUUCGAAACUGGCUUGAUCUAAGCGACUGGCUUCUGGAUUCCAUGUUAUCACUGCCAUGUUUCAAGAUGAGUAGAGCAAAAGCUGGAUUUGAAGCAAAGUUACUGGACUUGCGACGCCAGCUUGAUGAGGAACGCCUCCGCCAAGUAAAAACCGUUAAAGAAGUGCUAGAGAGGGAGCACUCAAGAGAGAAGAUUGAUCUCCUGGUUGGACACGAUUCAGAAAUGUAUGGAUUGAAGAGCGAUUUGACAGAUGAACAUCAGCUGGAGCUUGAUCGACUUCGAAGGGAGUUCGAAACAUCACAUCAAAGUAUGCUGGAAGACUUACAGGCAAGCUUGAUCACUGAAUCGGCCAUUCGCAUUGGCGCUGCAAGGCUAGCAGCUGAGCAGGAGCUUGAGCGGCAUCUAAAAGAAAUGAGGCAAGCCAUGGAGGAAGAGCUUGAAAAGAGAAUGGAAGAUGUUGGCGCAGAAAAGGAUUUGGCUGUUGAAGAGGUGAAAGCAAAAUGCGAAGAGGAGUUGAGGGGAAAAGUCGAUGAAGUGAUGAGGGAAAUGCAAGCAGAAAAGGAAGCAGAGUUGGAAAAGAUUAUGAACGACGCAUCAAGCGAUCUCCAGGAAAGAAUAAGGUUGAUGCAAGCCCAGCUUGUUGACCUGCGAGAUCCCCAGAGGGUUCAGGCAAGGAUGGAAUUGGACAACAGACACGAAAACAAAGUAGAAAAAGUCAAAUCAGAGCUUGUGCAGAAGUGUGGCGACGAUGAUGAAAUGUUUCACACUUUAGGCGAGUUCGAAUCUGUUCAGGAGGAUUAUUUUCAAGAGAGAUUAAAAUGUGUUCAGGAAGAACACGAAAUACACGUAGGAAACAUAAUAAAGGAAUAUGAGAUUAUGUUACUCAAAACGAAAAAUGAAUUAGACGUCUUAAGGGAGGAUGAUUUCCAGAGAAUACGCCGACUGCAGGAUGAGAUUUAUGCCAAGGAAGAGGCGAUCUUGGAGAUGCGAAAAGCACAUGAAGAAGAAAAGGAGAGUUUAGAAAAAGAGCUUGCAGAGGAAAAGAAUAGCCAUGAUCGUGAUAUCGCGAGAAAGACUGACGAACAAAUUGCGAUUGUAGCGAAGGAAAAGGAGGUUUGGAAUUUUGAGAGAGAAAGAGAGCUUGAUUUUAUGAGGACGCAGUUCGAAGGGAGAAUGAUAGAAAAGGAUGCAGAAUGUGAAGAGAAGAUGCGAAAUCUUCAAAAUUGGUACGAAAAUGAAAUGCAGAGAAGAGAAAUGGAGUUUAUACAGCGAGAAGAAAUUAUGAAGGAGCAUUUAGGCCAGAGGUCAAUUCAAGCACAGUUUCAGGAACUGGAAAACCAACACGCCGAACAAAUGCGAAUGCAGGACGAGAAACACCGACAGGACCUGGAACAAGCGGUCGUUCAGCUGAGUGCCAGCUUGAAGGAGGAUUUCAAUAAGAUUAUGGCUGAUAUGAAAACGAGGCACGAAGAAGAGAAGACACAAAUGAGGAAGGAUUUCGUCAAAGUGAAAAGGGACGAGUUGGAUGAUUUGAGAGAAAAGCUUGCCGCUGACUAUAAUAUAGAGCUGAAAGAAAUGAAGGUGGAGUUAGAGCACAAAAAAUUUACGGAGAUAGCCGAGAUUACCACUCAGAUAUCUCUGAAAAAUGCCAUGGACCUUGAAAAUGUUAGAACAAGUGUGACCGAGAAGUACCAACAGGAAAUGGAAGCCAUCAAGAAAGAACUGCAGGACGACUUUCAACGAAACGCUUUACGGCAUGCCGCUGAAAUUGAAGACAUGGAAAUUAGCCAUGCCGAGGAACUGAGGCUAGCCAAACGAUCACUCACUGUUGAUGAAGUCGAGGCUAUCAAAAGAGCAGUUGAAGAAGACUUUGCGGAGAAUGCAUUGAAUCAAGCCAGGCAAAUUGAAGAGCUAGAGCUGAGACACGCUGAAGAAUUGAAGCGGCUGCGAGAGAAGUACGAAGCUGAAGAAGUUGAAGAUGUGAGACGCGAGAUGCAGGAAGGCCUGGCACAGAAUGCAUUGCGAUUGGCCUUGCAAAUGGAAGAGCUAGAAAGCAGGCACGCUGGCCAGCUGAAGCAUCUGCGGCAAAAGUAUGAAAGAGACGAAGUUGAUGGAGCUCGGGCAGAUGCGGGGAGGAAAUCACCUGUCGAUUUAGAGCAAGCUGAAGAAGUAGAAAAGAAGCAUAAGGACGACUUAAAGCAAGUUAAGCAUAAAUACGAGAAACUUUUACACGAGAAAACACAGGAGUUGCAAAGUGAAGUUAACGUGUUAAGAUCGUUGUUAGAAGGUGGCCAUAAACAGUUGCGGAAGAUCUCAAAGGAUUAUGUUGACGCAGUUCCUAGCGCACCUCCCUUUCACGAUAUGCCGGGGGGAAGUUUCGAAUCACUUGUGGUACCAACACGGCGGUUCGGCGAAGGUGCUACUCCGUCGAGCUCUACGGAGACACUAAUUGCUCGAUUCGCAGACGGAGAAGUUGUGAACGCCCUGAAUGAUGCCUUGCAGGAUAUCUCUUCAGACGAAGCCUCACGAGCGGGAACUUCCCUCACUGGCUCACUGCCGAGUUUGUUUAACCACGUGGGGGCGCGUUACCCAGGGGUUAGGCACGAUGGUGGACAUGAUGAGGUGGAGCAGAAUCGGGAGGCCGUUAUUCGCGAAAUGCGGCGCAGAUUUAGGCCAUCAGAAAGUGACUCUGGCAAGUCGUACGACCAGAUGAUGGAGAUGCCCUUAAUGGAAGAAGAAAGGCUGCAUAAAUUGCUAAGGGAAAAGGACGAUGAAACCAGGCAUCAGCUAGAAAAGCAGCGUGAGGAAUAUGACCACCUUUAUCAGGGUCGUAUACAGGAACUGGAGAGAGAGAAUGCUCAGAUGGAAGAGUACAUCCACCAGAUCAACAGUAAACACGAGCGAGAUAUCAGUGCAUUGAAAGACAAGAGCUUAGCACUUGCGGAACAGAAAUUAGACGAAGUUAAGGAGGAGGCUGCAGUAGAAAAAGUUGAAUUGCAGAAAGAGGCCCACGAGAAUCUGGAGAAGAGCAAAAUGGAGUUGAUUGAAAAACACGAGAAAAUGUUAAAGAAAUUCAUGAAACAACAGGAUGAUCUUACUCAAGAAUUGAAGAACGAGCACAUCGAUGAGCUUGGCAUGCUUAAACAUGAGCUGACUAUGAAAAAUGAAAAGCAGGUUAAAGAAGUCGAAAGAAAACAUCACGAGUACUUGCUACAAACCCGCGACAAAUACGAGAAACUUCUACACGAUGAGCGCGAAAAAUUCGAGAGAAAGCAUGCAGAAGAUGCGAAGAGGCUGAAAAAUAUGAUGGAGAAGAAGCUUGAAACUAGCCAAAAGGAUUUGGUCGAAGUUUUAAAAGACCAAUAUGAUUCUGAUUUGAAACGCAUCAAGAUGACAUUAGAGGAAGACAAAAGACAGGCUGUUGAGGACGCUGGGCAGCAUCACAAGGUUGAGCUUGAGAGGGCAAAAGAGAAUGUACGACGGGAAAUGAGUGAAAAGUUUAAAGCAGAGUUGGAGGGGAUGCGAGAAACGGCUCGUCGGGAGUAUGAUGAUUACAUGCGAAGAGAUUUGACCGAAAGGGUUGCUUUCGAAAUUGAUCGUGCUCGAGAAGAAGCCAGACAGGAAUACGAAGAAAUUCACAGCUUUAAAUUGCGACAGUUGGAGAACCAACUUGAGGAAACACAUGUGCAGCAGUUGCAAACGUUGCAAGACAUGCACGAGAAACACAAGUCAAAUAUAGACGAGUUGAAGAAGCAACACGAGGAAGAGAUUAGGAAUUUAGAAGAUAGUGGCGAUGAGAAAUUCAGAUCAAUGAAAGAGUCGUUGCAGGAAGAACGUAUGAGUGAAAUAAACGCUGUCGAGCUCAGCCUUGAAAAAGAUGUGGAUAAGAUCAAGCAGGAAUUGGAAGAAGCACAUAAGAAGGAGCUUGAAGAGCUGAAAAAUGAAUUGAUUUCUGCCAAUGCCAAACUCACUGCCCUGGAUAAAGUGAAAUCCGGUACUGAGAAAACCUACAUGGAAACGAUUAAAACCCUACACGAGGAUUACGAAAACGAAAUCUCGAAGCUGAAAGAAGCCAUUGAAUCGAUCAGAGAUAAGCAGCUGGAAAGUCAAGACAAAAAUGUUUUGGGCAUUUACAACACCGACCAUAUGAUAAUAAAGCAGAAUUUUGAGCAGCAAAUUGCACAGAUGAAGAAACAUUACGAGAUCCUGAUGAGUGACAUGGAGAAAAACUUCGAAGUCGAGAAGAGGCACUGGCUGGAAGAACAUAUGGAGAAGCAAGAUAAGAAGCUGGAAGAAAUAAAGAAAAGUUAUGAAGAUGAGAGGAAGGAUUUGCAUCAUGAAGUGAUUGCCAUGGACGACGAACAUGUAAAACAGCUCGAUUCCGUAAUGGACAAAGUGAAGAGCUUGACUGCUGAACUUCACUCUGCCCACAGAGAAACAAAAGAGUUAAAAGAAGAGAAUCAGAAAUUAGUAAACAAAGUACAAGUGGCUAGUGAUCAGUACAAUACCUUAGUUGCAAGACACGAAAGGCAAGAGGAAGAAAACUCUAAAUAUAUCAAAAUGAUAUCAUCAGAUGUGGACAAAUGCGAACAAGAAAAGGGCAAGAUAAAGAAUGCAAGUGAGCGCGUUUUACAGACUCUCUCGAAUGCCGUCCGUACAUCUGUUCUAAUCGAAGACCUCAUAAAUCGCCGUUUGGAUACCAUGAUACAAGAGGCCAGCAGGACCGAAAGUGGCCUUGAUGCCAGCAGAAGCCGCGGAGGCGCUAAUGGCGGGGGACACCACGGUCGAGGCUUCCGCUUGUUUGGUACAUCACCCAGCAAGUCAAAGAAAGACAAAACACUAAGCGACACAACUUUUGGUGACACUACACAGUACUCCAACCUAAGUGGCGGUUCCUUGCUGAGUGAUGAAGGCCUAGAUCUAUCUUUCGUUUCGAGAGAACAUCUCUUUUCUGGAGCAGAGCUGGAUGCCAACGGCGAAGAGAUUGUCCGAGGUGUUGGUGAAAGACUGCAUACUGCCGUGGAGCACCUACUGAAAAUGCUCUCCCUGUCAACAAGACAGACAAACGAGGCUCGUCAAUCGUAUGAUGAUGCCGUUGCCCGAUCAAGCGAAGCUGAGGAGGAGCAUAAAAAACGGCAAGAGGAGAUCGCAGAAAAUUUGAAGAAAGCGCUGAAGGACUUGGAAAAGGAAGGUAAAUUGAAGUCAGAUUGGGAGAAGGAUGCGAGACAGAAACAGUCAGAUUUGCAGUCGACGAAAAAAGAAAAUAGUGAGUUGAGACACAAGGUUGAUGAGCUGCAAAAAGAUAAUAGAACGAAGAAUGACGAUUUGAGAAGCAUGGAAGAAAAGCUUAUUGAAUCAGAGGCGGAGAAAGAGGUGUUAGCCAAGUUUAAGAAAGACCUUGAAAUGAAUUUAGCAGAUCUGAGGACCCACCAAGAAAAGGAAAUUUAUAGGCUUAAACUAGAGAACAAAGACUUAGAAGGACGACUUUCCAAAGCUGUUUCUCUGUCAGGCGACGAUUUCCAAGACGUCCUGGCCGAGAUUUAUGAGCUAAAAGAAGAGGUUGAGACCCUCUCUGAGGAGAAAGAAAAAUUGAGAGGGCAGCUAAAAGAAGCUAAAACAAACAUGACGAAUGCAAGCCAAGAGGCCGAGAGACUUCGUCUGAAUAUAAGCGAAACAUUGCAAAGUAACAUCGAUCUUGCCCAGCAAAAUGAAGCAUUGAGAAAGAAGAACAAGUCUUUAGAAUCUGCUUUCGAAGAAACUUUGGAAGAGAGGCGUAUUGCCCAAGAAGAGGCAGCUUCAAGAGAGGGCGAACUGGAUGACGUUGAUGGUCCCAGUAGCACUAAUAGAUCUCACAGCACACCCGGGUCACCUGGGUCUAGCCCAUCGGGCCAGUCUGGUAGGCCAGAGGGCGAUGGAAGGGAUACUGCUGACCUUCUUAAAGAGAUACAGAAUCUAAAAGACAUUAUUGAAAGUUUUAAAGAAAAUAAUGACGCUUUAUCGUGUGAGCUUGAUCAGAAACACGAGACUGAGUUAGAGCUAUUGAAUAAAAUCACGGAGCUUGAGGAUGACUUAUACAAGAGUGCGAACGAGGGUUUUGAGUCAGAAAGAGAAGAAAAGGGAGUCGUCCUGCACCGAAAAAGAAGUCUUGAGUUGAACUUCAAGCUUCUAGCUUCGGAGAAUGACAAAUUAAAGACAGAUAUGCAGAAACAGGAGACGGAGUUAGAGGCUCUUCAGGCCGAUCUAAAGAGGGCCAAAGAAUUACUAGCAGACAAGGAAAACAUAUUUGAAGAGCUAUCAAGCACAAAGAGUGUUUUAGAAAAUAAAAAUGUCGAAUUUUCUCAAGUAAAUCACGAUAGAAGCAUCAUCAAGCAAUCUCUAAAGGAAAAGGAGAAGCAACUAACUGCUGCGUCGGCCGAACUCGCCGGCUUGAAGGAGACAGUGCAUGAACAGAGGUCCACAAUCGACAACCAACAAGAGAAGAUACGCGAAUUGUUGGAGAAACAAGGGUCAGAAGAGGAGCGUGAACAGCAUAUCAAAGGAUUAGAAGAGGAGAUAAAUAGGGAACGAGAAAUGGUUUUGGAAAAGGAUAAUGAAAUCCAAGCGCUGCUUGAAAAGCUGAAUGCCAGAAGAUCGCAGGGAGACGGAGAAGAUGCUGAAACCAAAUCUAAAAAGGUGAAAAUCCUCGAAGAAAAGCUGAACGACCAGCAAGAAGAGAUAAAGCAAAUGAAGCAAGCAAUUUUAGCUGCCGAUGAGGAACGCCAACUACUUGUAGAAAAGUAUGAGUUGAACCUCCAGAAGACCAUACAUCACAUUAAAAAGGAGAUGGAAAAAGCAAGCAACGAGAAGAUAGCACGUCUGAAAGAGGAACACCAGAAUGAGAUUGACAAUAUGCUGGAAGUGUCACGAGUUGAAAUGAGUGAGCUUGGUCAGAAAUUUGAGGAGCAAAUUGGUGCAGCUGAACGCGUCAAUCUGCAACUGCUCGAGCACUUCUUCAAAAACAGGACAUUGAAUGAGUCACAGAUGCCAGUUGCUGAGGACGAAGGGACUCCCGUUGAGUCAUUGCUAAAUGAACUGCAAACUGAGGCAGAGAAGAUCGCCCAUCUGGUAACCUCUUACCAAAUCAAUGCAGACGACAUCAUGAAUAUUCAAGAACUGCAGAAUUCAUGGGCAAAAGAAAAGCAGAUUCUACUGGAGGCAGUCAAAGCUUUGCGAGAGCUCGUUUCAAGAGCUAGUAAUGCUGCUGCGACUGACGCAGAAAAUGUUGGGGAAGACUGGAGAGCUGGUCUGCUAAAAGCUAUCGAAGAGGUAUUCAAUCUUGAAUCAGAUUUUCUAAGUGCAGAGAUUGAGACCCUGGAAAGGGUCCCAGAGUCGGCUGAACAACCUUUGGAUUUGGCUACGGCCAAAAGAAAAAGACUGGGCAAUCAGAGGAAACAGCAUUCGCAAACUUUGAAUUUGUUGAGCGACCAAGAACGUGAAUCAUAUCUUCAAGAAAUUUCCAGAUUCAGGGUUGCUGCGGAGGAGCUUGAACAAAAGGCUGAUAGCUACAAAGAACUGUUGGAAGAUUUGCAAUCGGAAGCCGAGAAGGCAGAAGUGAAAGCAGACAACCUCACGCUUCAAUACAAUUCUCAAGCAAGCCUCGUGGACCAGGAGAGAGCUGCUUCUGCACAGCUUCGAUCACAAGUGGAACAAGAGAAAAUCAGGAACUUAGAGCUUGAGAAACUGAUAAGCAACGAGAGGGACACCGUUUCAGAUUUGCAAAGGGCUGCUGAAAUAGACGAAGAAAAGAUAACAGACCUUAUUAAAUCGUUGGAAAAUGAGCGCAAGGAAUUGAAAAAUAUACGGGCAAUGAUGGCAAAAGAACAGUCUUCGAGCCAAGCCCUUUCCGAUCAAAUAACGAUAGAGAAGAAGCGCUCUUCGGAAUUAGAGAAGCAUUUGGCCGAGGAGAGAAAGCGAUUGGAAGAAAUAAUUGCUUCAGAAAAUGAAAAUCUUGAGGACAUGAAAGUUGUCCUUUCAGAAGAGUCAGAAAAGAAUCAACAGCUUUCAGACCUUGUUGGAGAAUUAAAGGAGGAGAGAAACCGACUUCUCAAGGCAGCCGAGCUGGACCAGGCACAUGCACAGAAAAUCGAAGGCAUUUGUGAAGAACUAAAAUCAAAAGCUGCACAAGAGAAAAAUGAAAGGCAGAGACUCGAGAAGAUUGCUGAACGUUACCAUGCAAAUUUGGAAGAGAUGAGGAAACUUUUUGACGAGGAGAAGAAGCGUCGUAUCGAGCAAGAAACAGCUUUGAAAGAACAGAGGGAUUCCCAGAGUGAAACUGAAGAAAAAGGGCAGCAUGAUGCGAGAGAGAUAGAGAAACUUGAAACGAUGUUGGGCAAUCUAAGGAAUGAAUUGGACAGAGCGGAUGCAAAGGUUGCUAGUCAAGAUGCUGAAAUAAUGUCCUUGAAAUCCGAAAGUGCUCUUAAAAUUUCAGAUAUCAAGAAGCAAAAUGCUGAGCGGUUAAGCGAGACGGUUGCCAAAUGCAAACGAGAAUCAGCUGAUGAGCUCGACAGAGAACGUGCAACUAGCAAGCAACUGCGCGAUGCACUACAGAAUUUGCAGCUUAAAUACGAAACGUCAAGAAGCCAGUAUGAGAGAAUGAGGGAGUCUAUUGAGGAAGUAGAUGGUCCAAACACAGAUCGGGGAGCAACGCCAGAAAAGAGCCCUAGAGGCUCCUGCUCGUUGUCUUCGAGAGCUCUCGACCCAUUCAUAACACGAUGCACAAAACUGGUCACCCAUUGCCAAGACGUUAUAGUCAACGAGCAACAACGAAUGACAUAUGGUGCCGAGCGUCCAUCUGAAAGGCACAUUAAGGAGCUGCAGUCCACCCAUGAUGCAUUGGCAGCGCUUGUCCAAGAAUUAAGCCAUCUGCAGCAAGAUUUACGAGCCUUGGAAGAGAAUGAUCAGUCGGCAAAUUCUCCUUUGGCUAGAUUGGAACAGGCUCACAAUAAAAACGAGGAACUAAGAGACCAUAUCAGGAAAUUGGUAAAAGAGAAAUCGGAAUUCCGCGUGACUUUAAGUGCACUUGAAGAGCAGGUUAUGGAAUAUAGAAAGAGAGAGGCAGAGGUUGAGGCAGCACACGAGUUAGGGAGGGAGGCCCAAUCAGAAUUGAAAUCGGAGCAGUUAAGGUGGGAGGCAGAGCGAAGCACUUUGAAAUCUGAUCUGUUGAAACUUGAAGCGGAGAGAAAUGCGAUGGAACGUGCUCUUGAUAAAGCAUCUAUUGAGAAUGCUAAUUUGAAAAACUCUCCCGUUAGAUCUGAAGUAAGUUCACAGCCAGAUGAUAACAUCGAUAGCAGCAAAGUAGCAGAAUCCGGAUGGACUCUUCAAAAAAUUCAGAAGUUGUAUGGACGAUGCCUGCGCGCUGAAAGCUUCCGCAAAGCGCUCAUUUACCAAAAGAAGUACUUACUGUUCCUCCUCGGUGGAUUCCAAGAAACAGAAGCAAUCACUUUGUCAAUGAUCGCAAAGAUCACCGACGUUUCGCACGUCGAUGGCACCAGAAAGCAGCCAUACGGCAAAUCGAAGGCAUUCAUGCGUUUUAGGACAGCAGCCAGGGUUGUUAUUGCUACCUGGAGAAUGAAAUUUUUGGUUAAAAAAUGGAGCAAAUCCAUGUCAAAAAUAACUCUUAAGUCGAGCAAGAAACCUUCAAAUGGAGUAAACACAAGUCCCUCUGCACCAUUGGAGCUAGUGCCUGAAAGAACUGACAAAUAUACGCAUAGCAAACCAGCCGUUGGGAAUGACAACCGGGGACAAAAAAGUAAGAUGGGGGACUCACGUUCUGGUCGAGCAGUGGCGAAGGUGACAGAGCCAAAACAUAGAAAUGGAAUUCAUAGUGACUCGCAUAGCUCUGAUCAAGAAGCUGAGCCAAGAAGGCGACGCCAAAGAGGUGUUGACCACGUGACCACUCGUCAGAGAAGAGGUCGCUUUCAAAGAGAUGAAUUAGAAUCAGAGCCAUCAAGUUACUCAGCUGCACGCGAUGUUGACCGCAGCCCACCGCGGGCAUACCCGAGACCAGCUUCACCCAUGCGUAGCCGGGAAUCACCCCCUGUUUUAGACAGUGACUUUCGUUAUUUUAAUACCCAUUCAAGCGUACCGUCCUCGAGGUCCAGGAGUCCAGCUUCUCAUGGGCCUAGUCCGAACAGGCGAACUGAUACGCCAAACAAGCAUCAAAGGUCACUUUCCGCGUCGGGACUAGAUGAAACCAACACAUCACUGAAUGCAUACAUCAAGAAGCUCGAAAUGCUACAAGCCAGGUUGAAGUCGCAAGGGGCAGAUUCCUCUAACAAAGAGACGAGAAGGUUUUAAAAAAGACAGAAAAAAUUGUGUCGGUGUGCAAACAUGAGACUCAGAAUUUAAAUAAACAGUAGAGUAAUUUUAGUUUGUACAGUUAGAAUUUAAAGUUCGUUUUCCAGUUGUUUUUAUUGUUGAUAUGAAGAGUUGCCAGUUGUUCAUAUGUAGAAUUCGCAGCUGAAUAAUAAUGUAAAUAUCCGUUUGGAAUGUUAAAUUAUUCAAUGCAGCAAA